AUGAUUAUUUAUUUUUCUAAUAAAUUAUGCUAAAGAUAUAGAAAUAUAGAUUAAUAUUAUCAUUAUUUAUAUAAAAAUUUAUUGAAUACAAAAUAAAUGAUGUCAAAUCUUCAUAUUUAAAAUGGACAAACAAUAUAAGAAGAUAACGAAUUAAAUUUCGAAAGAUUAAAGAACCCAAAACAAAAGCAACUAAGAAACUAUUUAGGCAAAGAGGAUGCAAGAGGUGAUGACUAAAGAUAAAAGAUUGUAAAGCCAAUUGAAAAGCUCAUAGAUAAGGUUAAAAGAUCAAAAAAUAAAUCUGAAGCGAGCACAGAGACACAAAUCGAUGUUACUUAGCCGAGAGGACGAAAAUAAUCAAAUUCACAAAUUAUUAGUGAGAUUGUUGAAUAAGAAGAAGAGCAUAAAAAAGAAUCAAAAAAAGGAUUUUUCAAUGUAGCAUCUUAGGAAACACAUUUCAUUAAAGAUCGCCAUUUAUUUUUUUAAUCAUUGACCAAGUCUACUAGCACUUUUUUAUCCUUACUUAAAAAUAGCGGAUCAAAGUCGAAGACAUAACAAUUUAUCGAAAGGACUGUUUUAUUAUAAAAGGUAGUACCAAAAUAAAUGUGCUCACUUUGCCAUGCAGAAGAUUUUGUCAAAAUUUAACUUUUAGGUAAAGGCGCGUGUGGCAUAGUUGAAAAAUAACUUUUUAAGCCUUUAGAGUAAGAAGUAGCUAUGAAGAAGUAUUUAAUGGAAGAAAAUUUAGAUGAAUUUGAUUCAGAAGUUUUUAUAAUGAAAUCAAAGUAAUCUGAGUUUAUACCUAAGCUCAUUUUCUAUUAAAGAGAAAGCUAAUAAAUUUAUAUGGAGUUAGGGAUGAUAACAUUAGAGACUUACGAUUUAUACUUAAGGCGUAAUCAUUUAGAUAUAUCAGAAAAAUUUGCAGUUUGGAUACUAAAAUAGCUGCUAAUUAUCAAUAAGUACAUGUUUAAUGAAGGGUUCCAUCACAGUGAUAUUAAACCAGGUAAUAUAAUCAUUACGUUUAAUGAAUUACAGAAUAUGAAGAUAAAAUUAAUUGAUUUUGGAGCAUCUUCUAUUUUUCCUGAAGAUUAUUGGAUAUAAUAUACUCCUCUUUUUUAGUGCCCUGAUCUCUUUAAAAAGGUUGAAUAAUCUUAGCAUUUAAAUCGCCAAGAAAUAUUAUUUGCUGAGUUUUUUGCAAGUUGCAGAUCAGUUCAAUUGCUUACAUUAGCCAAUCAUCCAAAGAGAAAGUAAUUAUUUUUAUUGGAGUCUAUUGACGAGUAUUUAUCAGACUAAGUGAUAGGGGAAAAGUAUAAUUAUUUAAGAGUAAUAUUGCAAUACAUGUUCAAAUUAAAAAGUCUUAAGUCUAUGGAUGAAAAAGAUUUUACUUUUCUAAAUCUUUUACUCAAUAUCGGUGUGAAUACUAACGAUUAUGUGCGAGAUAUAGAAAAUGCCUACUAGUACAUAGAAUCUACUACAAAUUAAUGA